AUGGCCUCCGAACCCUCGUACAUAGACUACGAGGCCUUCCUAGACCCGGCUUUCUCGCCAGCCUCAUUUGCCAAUUCGCUGGUGGUGGCCACCAACAAUGCAACAGACACACCGCUGGACCUCUCUACCCCGCUUUCCCGGGUAUUGUUCGACCUCCAAGAGAUCGACACGCACAUCCACACGCUGACCACCAAAUCAGCUCUGCCCCUGCUGACGCACACGGGGGACCAAACCGCCGCUGCGGGCAAGAUCCUUAAGGAGGCAGACGAGCAGAUAGCCGCUGUCUCACAGGGCUAUGAGCGGCUGGAGCGCGAAGUCUUACGCAAGUGGGAGGCUGCCGAGGAAGCGAGGGUUGCUGCGGAGAAUUCCCUGGCCACCGUGCGUCUCGCACGAGCCGUUGCUAGGUGCAUUGCGCUAGGCCGCCAGCUGGACAGCCAGAUGGUCGAGGUUACUGGGCGUGGUGGGCUUUCUGGGUCCGGCUCUGGGUCCGGCCCUGCAGGCGAGCUGUCUUCUUCUGGUUCUGGGCCUGCGCCAGGGUCAGGGUCAGGGCGAGACGAUACCCGUGCGCUGGAGCGCGCUGCAUCAACCAUCGUGAGUCUGCGUCGGCUGCUGUCUGAUACGGGCGUAGGCGAAGAGGGCUAUGGUCUGGACCGGGUCAAGGUCAUUCGAACCCUAAAAUCUGACCUUCUGAUCCCGGCCGAGAACCUCGUCAGGGCCAGAGCACAGCAAGCCAUCAACCGAUUCUCCAUCGCAUCCUCGUCAAACACAAGCAAUGGCACGGCCUCCCAAUCAAGCUACAAACAAGCCCGCGAUGCACGAGCCCGUCUCGUAUCAGGCGUCAACACCCUCUAUCUCCUCUCACAUCUGCCGCCGAAAACAGCCAUCCCAAAAGACUUCACUCCGGACCUCCUCCUCUCCACUCUGCAGGGUUUCAUCCAAACAACCACCGUCGCCUCCCUCAACAAUCUCUCCCGCUCACUAACUAUGCUCCCAACCCUCGACAAAACGCUCCCCGAAAUCUCAGCCCGCUGCCAGGACAUCCACGCCCUGGAGACAACUCUCAGCACCAUCAAACCCCCAUCCCAUCCUUGCCUUCCCCAAAUAUUCCAAGAUACCACUUCCUCCCUAUCGAGGAAUAACCUCCUAACACCCCUCCUCAAUACCCUCGACACAUCCUCCCUGCCCUCCUACUUCUGGCGCUCCCUCGCGUCUUCCCUAUCACCCCGUGUACAGGAAAUCAUCGCCCGUGGUGGUGUUUCGGCACGUACGCUCCGUUCAAGCCGCGAUAGACUCAAGAAGGAGAUAAGGGAAUGUGUACUGCGGGGUUCGCAGUUGCCGGCUUCCGUGGGGAUGGAGAAGCAGUCUACUCAGGGUAAUUGGGAGCGCGAGGCAGCGGUUAUGGUUGGUGCAGUGGCGGGGUUUUAG